AUGCUAGACGACAUUGAGGGUGGUUCCCAGGGGGCCAUGCUUUCCGCGGAUGGCGCCGACAUCGACGAUACGCUAGCUCGCUACGGCGAUACGGAGUCCCCUGCUGGGCUCCCGGGCAGCGACCUCAAUGAACGAGGCCCUCGGAUGCUUGUCGACGUCAGUCCGGCAACUAGCUUCGCGGAGAUGGGACACACCGCCGCGGCCAGCUUUACACUGAACUAUCUACAGACCAUGGCCCUUCAACUCGUUUGCCUGUUUCUGGACAAGUAUACUGCCAAUCCGGACUCAGCCGGUCAGCAUCUUCAAUACACCGGCGGGCCAGGUGGCACGGGAAAGUCGAGGAUUAUCGAUGCCCUGAAGGACGUGUUCGCGGCGAGGAACCAGCCGCAUCUUCUGCAGAUAACCGGCACGUCGGGCAGUUCGGCGGCCCAGAUUGGCGGCACGACCAUCCACUCGGCCUGUGGGUUGGAUUCCCAUCGCGAUCCAAACAAACCGCCUCCCCCCUUCUCGGAGGCGAAGAAGUGGAUCUGGAAACAGAAGCUGGUGCUCGUCAUUGACGAGGUCAGUAUGCUGGGAGGAGCCACUCUGCACAACGUCAGUCAUUACCUGCAGGCACUCCGUGACUGUCCGGACGAACCGUUUGGCGGGAUGCCCGUCGUUCUACUGAUGGGAGACUUCUACCAGUUCGCCCCAUUGUGGCAUCUGUUCAAAACCGUGGUGCUCCUCGAAGACCAAGUCCGCGCACGCAACGAUCCCCAGCUCCGUGCACUCCUGGAUCGAGUUCGUAACGGGCGCCAGACCCAUGAAGAUCUGAGCUUGCUCAAUGCCAACAUUGUAGGACGCUCGCAAAUCACCUUCCACGAUGGUUUGCGCGCUAUAACGCCGCUGAACCGCACCCGGUGGGCCCUCAACAUGGAAGCUGUUGUGGGCUGGGCGCGCUUCAACAAGCGGCACAUCCGUAUCUUUGUCUCGACUCACACCUGGCGCAACGGCACGCUGUCUCCAAACCUCAUAGCGCGAACCAUCGGACAAGGCGACGACUCUGCCUGCAAAGUCCCCGGCGUCUUCUUCUACGCCCAGGGCAUGCCCGUGGUUGUGAACAAGAACAUCUACACUGGCCUGAAGGUGGUGAAUGGGGCUGACUUUACUGCCGUGGACGUGAUAAUCGAUCCCAAUCACCCGGGAUACUGCUUGGCAGAUGACGUGACCAUCCACUUCGGGCCGCCGCUCGGCAUUCUUCUGCAGUCCGAGGAGACGAAGACCUUGGCGAUACCGUCCCUCCCGGGUAAAACAUUCGUCGAAGUACUGUUGGAGCUGCGUGGAAAUCGUGUGACCAAUGGUGAACCCUCCAAGUGCGAUUUUACGAGCCUCUAUGUGCAACUAUCCAGGUGCACCUCGCUUCGGGGCAUCAAGCUUCUUAAUCCCGUGAGACACCAUGACUUCAUUGGCAAUGGGCUCGAUCAGGCCAUUCUUGAUGGAAUGCAGAGACUCAAGAACUUGGCCGCGGAAACGAGACGGUUAUACAAGGACCAAGGUUUCGAAAAGUAG